ACAUACACACCCUCUGCUCCACACCCCAGCCAUUUUCAACCCUCCUCACCAUUCUCUCUAUUCUGGGUAACAAAGAAACAAAAUGAGUGACAAGAAUGAUGAGUUGGGUUUGAGUCUGGGUCUAGGUUUAGGUUAUGGAGCCAACCGGUCUUCUUCCUUCUCCUCUUUUCACUUGAAUCUCAUGCAGAAUCCUCCAGACACAACCCUCAAUCUUCAGCGAGUUUUUGGAUUCACUGAUCGAAAUGCGACGUCGUUUCGGCGAGUAAUCGACGUGAACCAGCUUCCGGCGGCGGUGGGGGAUUUCGACGACGAAAACGGCGUGUCGUCUCCCAACAGCACAGUGUCUAGCCAGAGCGGGAAGAGGAGCGAGAGAGGCGACGAGAACGAGGCGGAGAGGACGUCGUGCUCGCUCGGCGGGAGCGACGACGAGGACGGCAAUGGCGGCGGCGACACGUCGAAGAAGAAGCUCCGGCUCACCAAGGAGCAGUCUCUGCUGCUUGAGGACUUGUUCAAGGACCAACACACUCUCAACACGAGGCAAAAGCAGGAGUUGGCACAGAAGUUGAACCUGAGUGCAAGACAAGUGGAGGUUUGGUUUCAGAACAGGAGGGCAAGGACUAAGUUGAAGCAAACAGAGGUGGACUGUGAGCAGCUAAGAAAGUGCUGUGAGAAUCUAACAGAAGAGAACAAGAGGUUGCAGAAAGAAGUGCAAGAGCUGAGGGCACUCAAGCUUUCGCCACAGUUCUACAUGCAAAUGAACCCUCCCACAACUCUCACCAUGUGCCCUUCAUGCCAAUGUGUGGCUGUCUCAUCCUCAUCGGCGGCAUCUUCUGCUACUGCUACUACUGCUUCCUCCACAGUUCCGGUCACUGGCCCUACUGGCAACCCAGGGCUCCCAGCAAUCCAAAUGCCUGUUCCAAUCAGCCCUUGGGCUACAUUGCCAAUCCCACAUCAUCGACCAGUUGAUGCACCUGCAUCUCAGUCGUGAUUUCUUGUGGGAAGAAGGGGAAUCACUCAUUAGGAAAGCUGAUGGUUUUAGACUGACACUUCGGUCAUUGGGAGGAAAUGUGUGACAAAUAGAUAUGGAAAGAACGGGAAUUGG